AUGAUUGGCGACAUAGACUUGACUGAAAAAGAUAGUUCAGACUUCAAUAUGUUUUUAUCUCAAGCUUUAUUUGCAAGCAAAACCAAAGAAUACCUUUAUGGCUUCUUUGGACAGCUUUUCAAGGCAAAAUACAGCCACAAAGUAAAAUUCCGAACACAGCUGUUUUAUGAAAUUCUUAUCAAUUUUAUCAUUAUUCUGCAGCUGUCUCCUUUAUGGUGAUCUCCAUCUAUGAAAGCUUCUGGAUGAAGCUCAUAUAUAGAUUUCUGGCAGGACAUUGCCUAUGUAAGCUAUGACGAAGUUUGCGCUUAUUACUCUAUUAUGAAUUUUUGCCUUUAUGGGACAAUUAUAUUAAUAGGAUCUUGCAUCGGGUCAUUUGCAAUAUUUGGAUUUUAUAUUUACUGAGGAAAAGAAAUCCCUAUGAUACUUUCCAUUUUGCCAAGAAAAAUAGCAAUGCUAAUUACUAAUGUUUUAGUUAUUCCAAGCACCAUGAUUUUUGCUAUGCUAAUAUUCUAGGCCCAAUUACUUUAGGCGCGAUUUUUUCAGAUAAAAAUUAAAAAUUUCCAAAAAAGAGGAAAAAUUAGGAAAUAUAAAGAUAAGGAUUUUCCAAAAUUAUAAUAAAAUAUUCAGUAGCUAAAUAUAGCAAAAUCCAAGAAUACGCUGGAGAUAUAAGCGCCAGCGUCUAUGAAUAUGGAUAUUUAGGCGUUUUUAUUGGCCUUUUUUUUCUUUCCUGUUUAAUUUUUGUUAUAGCUCAAGAACCCAUAUAGAUAGCCCUGACCUGCGCAAGUCUCUAAGAUGGUUCUCCAACUCUAGUUGACAACCAGUCAGGAAAUUCUUUAUAUUGGAUGUAUUUGCAAACUUGCCAAUUUAUUUGAAGCAACAAAUAGGGGAGUUGCAUAGCAUUCUCCUAGUUCAGGGCACUCUAUAUAAGUUUCUAGAUUAUACACUUUUUAGCGAGUCUUUUAGCUGCGAUAUGAAGCAUUCCCACUCAAAAAAGAAUAUAAAAGCUCGGUCUUGUGCAAGUUUUGACUUAUGGAGAAGAUGGUUUUAUAUGUCAAUGAGCAUCCUAUAUAAUUUUUAUCUUAAAUAAUACUUUGAAUUCUUUAUUAAGACUCUUUAUUAAUAUAAAAUAUUUCAAGUUUUUACUAUCCUUAUGUCAGUAUAUAUUAUUUUUGGGAAUUCUGAACACUCAUUGGCUUAUCAAAUCGUUAUAUUUUUAGAAGCAUUGUACUUUUUCUAUAUAUGCGUCCAAUCAGGGCAGUAUUUUAAUAUAAUAGAAAACUCUAUUCAGGCUUGCAAGCUUGCGAUAAUUGCUUCAAUCUUAUUAUUUUUCAUUUUUGCACAAAUUAUGGACAGUGCUCUGAUAAUAACGUAUUUUACACUGUUCAUAGAACCAAUUGUUAUAUAUUUGACUGCCAGAAUAAUAUUCAUAAUGGCUUAUAAUUGGCAUUUAAAGUAAUUUCUUAAAAUAAUUAUCUAAAAAAAAUUGCAAUUGACCUAAUUUUCUUUAUGUUAAUUGAUGGGGAAUAUUAUAUAAUAUCAUGGCUUAAUUUUGAUAUUAGUAUAUUAUAGAUAAUUUAUGACCCGAGCCUUAAUCUAUCUUAAUAAAAACAAAACUUCAAAAUAAUUUACUCUCCAAAAGCAUACACAAAAAAUAUCAAAAUAUGUCAAAUAAUAAAAAUCUUCCAAGAAAUCAGUAUGAAUUUGAAAGAAAAUAUCGCCACUUGCUGAUUGACAAGAGCAUUUGUGAAAAAUCAGAAGUUUUGCAUUUAUUUUUAAAAUUUUGAAGAGAAAGUCAGUUUACAAAAGACAAACUAUUUGUGAUAUGGGAAUUCAAUUUUUGCCUUGACAUUAUGAAUGACGAAAGACUAGCCAGAAUAAAACUCUCAAAAAUUGCCAAUGCCAAACCCUCAUUUGAAGGAGAUAUACAAGAAUGAAGGCUAUUUAAUUGGCUUGUAAGAAAAAAACACAUAUCAUUUCCUGAUACAAGUUAUUUGGAAUAUUUAAAAGAAUUCAGCAGAACCAGAAGCCAAGACGAAGAGCUCUGCAUGAUUUUGUCUGAGCUCCAGGCAGAAUUCUCAUUAAAAGUCCCUAGGAUCCAGAAAUUGGUAAAUUUGGCAAGGAGAUCGGCCCAGCAUAUUUUAUAUGUGUCAGAUGGGUAUAAAAAUUUGAUAGAAAAAUACAAAAAAUUGGAGUCUUAUGAAAUAUAUUCAAGCUAUCUCAGUGAUAUUUUGAGUGACCAAGAAGAAGCAAAAUUUAUUAUCAGAAAGAAAAACGGGAUUAAUUUUUUUAAUGUUCAUAGUGAAGAUAAAGGAUUGGAAAGCUAUGGCAAAGAUUUAGCAACUAUCCUAGUGUCUUGCUCAGAUGAGUCUUUUGGGAGUAUUGUAUAUAUCAAUGAAAAGGCUGCGCAGCUGCUUAAAGCGUCAAUAGGAAAUAUUAUGGGAUCUUCUAUUAUGAACUAUAUUCCUCAGCCAUAUGACAAAAUGCAUGAAAAUUUCAUGAGAAAUUUUAUUCUGUUUUUAAACUAAUUUACCAACGCAAAUUUUUUUUAAUUUUCUAUACAAAUUUUGAGCCAUAAUAACUUAAAAAUUACUAUAGCUUAGUAUAUACUUGAAUGUAGCUCAAUAGAACUGUCCUCUCACAGUAAACUAUUUUUCCAGAGCCACGCUGGAUUUAUAGUAGAAAGCAGUUUUUUAAUCAAAUUGACCGCUUUUCACAAUUGUUCGUAUUUCCUAAUAUCUUUCAAGCCUAGAACCAAUAUAAGAGAAAUAGCCUUGGUUUCUAACGAAGGCUAUAUAAUUGCGCAUAGUGAGAUGUUUUCGUUUUACCUAACAAAUGAAGUCAAAAUUAUAAAAAAUAAAAAUUUAUCAGAAGUUUUGCCUCUUGGCGAUAUAGAAAAAAUGAAGGAUUUUGAGCCAUGGCUGCUCCCAUAUAAAGACCGAGAAUUGAUUCUGCUUAAAAUCAAAAAAGCUAUAAAAAACUCAUCUCUUAAUAUCGGUUCCUUCACACGACGACUAUUUCAUAACGACUAUUUUUUUUUUGGCCUAUUUUUUUUUUGGCCUAUUCUUUUUUGGCCUAUUUUUUUUUGGCCUAUUUUUUUUUGGCCUAUUUUUUUUUGGCCUAUUUUUUUUGGCCUAUUUUUUUUUGGCCUAUUUUUUUUUGGCCUAUUUUUUUUGGCCUAUUUUUUUUGGCCUAUUUUUUUUUGGCCUAUUUUUUUUUUUGGCCCUAUUUUUUUUUGGCCUAUUUUUUUUGGCCUAUUUUUUUUGCCUAGCCUCAUUCAUGAAGCUGCUGAGAGGACUACAACCUGAUUAAAAAAAACAGAGACCUUUCCUUACGCGAUUAAUAUUGAGUAAAUUAAGUUAAAAACUCCUAAUUAAACCUAAAAUUCUCGAAAUUUUAAAAGCAAUGAAUUAGUAUUCAUGGAGUAAGAAAUCUGUUAAGGGUGCAUUUUUUGUUGGUUAAAUCGUUUAAAACACAUUAAAAAUUAGAUUUAAAACAAUUAGUAUGGAAUUAUGCCCAAAUAUUAGUAAAAAAUAGUUAAAAAAUUGUCAAAAAAAAGGCCAAAAAAAUAGGCCAAAAAAAAAUAGGCCAAAAAAAAAUAGGCCAAAAAAAAAUAGUCGUUAUGAAAUAAUCGUCGUGUGAAGAUACGCUUAAUAUCAUUAUCCUGAUCCACGAUGCAAAUGAAAUUAAAAAAUGGAAAGAAGGGGAACCUCACGAUAUUCUUACGCAUUUAAAAUCAUUUCAAAUGCUUGAAGACGAUGACGAAACUAAUAAACCAACGCUAAGCCCAAUAAAUCCAAAAGCUUUACGUGAAGUAUACUUUUUCAAUUAAUUUUUGCUAUAUAAAAUACUUUUUAUUAUUUACUGAAAAAUUCACAUAAAUUGCCAUAAAAUUCCAAACAAUUACCGAUUUUCCUAUUACCACAAAAGUCAUGGACAAGUCUGACACAGACAUUUUCUCCCCCUCACAUGGGGAUUUUCACGAAAAAACCUUCCAAUCAAGUGAAGCUUUUGAGAAAAAAUCAAAUUCAUCAAAAUAUUCCUCAUCAAAAAGCACAGGAAAUGAUUUAUUAAACCGCGCAAAUAUGCUCAUAUUUAACACCAAGCGAAAAAUAAGAGUAUUGCAGCUAGUUCUGUUUUUAGUCGUAAUAAAUAUUUAGAUGUCGUCAGUCAUAAUCACAGUUGCUGCAAUUCUUGUCUAUAUGGAAAACGACGUGUCUCAUACAAAUGCAUUAACUCCCCCCCCCCCCCCUCCGUGAGCGAACAAAACCAUUAGAAAAAUCGCCAUUUUUUGACCAAAAACCCACCCUCCGUGAGUGAACAAAAAUUUUUUUAAUAGAAAAAAUUUUAAUGGAAAAAAAAAUUUUGAUAUAUAAGUGAUAAUUAGUAUAAUGAAAUCUAGAGCUAAUUCUGUUUAAUUUUAAACAAAUUGCAUUUUAAAACAUAAAUUUUGCAAAUUAAAUUAAUAUUUGCUUUCCAAUUUUUGCAAAUUAGGAUUUUUUUAAAUUUCGAAAACAAUAUUUUUUAUAAAAUUUAUAUAUAAAUUGUUUUUAAAAAAAAAAAUUAACCCCCCUCCGUGAGCGAACAAAAAAAAUUUUGUUCGCUCACGGAGGGGGGGGGGGGGAGUAAGCUCUUUUAAGAAUUUUGGGCAGCUUGUAUAUGAUUUUGGGUAUUCUGCAGAUUUAUCAUUAACAUUGGACACAUUAAUUAAAAAUAAAAGUUCUGAAGAAAAUAUAAAUACUGCAAUAGAUAAUUUGCAAAAUCUUGUACAAGACUUAGAAAACCUACAAAAUUCCCUUUUUGACGAUUUUAAACGAUGGGAUUAUUGUAAAGUUCAUAAAAUUUCUGAUUCAUCAAUAAUCCCGAUUUGGAAUUUUGAUCAAAAACAGCCGGUAAUUGCUUAUCAAAAUUUAUAUGACGCUGUUACAGGCUUUAUUUCUAAUGUGAUCUAUAUUUAGGGAAAAAGCCUGAUUUCUUCUGUUAAUGAAAACUAUGAAAAUAACGCAAAAUUUUUAUUUAUUAAUGGAUUAGGAAAUAUGUUUUGGAGUUCAGCUUUUAUUAUGGAAGGAUUAGUGGAUUGUGAAGCUGAAAGAGUCAGGGAUUCUGGAAAUAAUAUUAAUAUUCUUUUAAUAUGUGGAUUUUUGACUUUAGGGAUGCUGGUUUUUGUAAUUAUAGGGUAUAUUAUUCUUGUGUCAAAAAAAUAUGACGAAUUUUGGAAUUUCAUUUUAAAUCAUGCCCAGUGGCAAAUGUUUAGGCUGAGAUGUAGAGCUAUAGAUAGAUUAGCUACCACACAUGGGGUAGAAAAUACUAUGGAGGCAGCUGUAGAUGAAAAAAGGAUAGCUGGAAUUACUCGAAAAAUAAAAAGCACUAUUUAUUUACAAUACACAUGAAAAGUGAUGCUGUUUUUUGGUAUUGCAGCUUCUUAUUAUUUAUUAAUUUUCAAUUACUUAUACCCCAAUCUUGAUACUGCUAUGACAAACCGCCCAGAAUUACUAACUCCCCUCCCUCCGUGAGUGAACAAAACCAUUAGAAAAAUCGCUAUUUUUUGCCCAAAAACCCACCCUUCGUAAGUGAACAAAAAUUUUUUUAAUAGAAAAAAUUUUUAUUGAAAAAAAUUUAGAUAUACAAAUGAUAAUUAGUAUAAUGAAAUCUAGAGCUAAUUCUGUUUUUAAUUUUAAACGAAUUGCUUUUUAUUUGCUUUCCAAUUUUUGCGAAUUAGGAUGUUUUUAAAUUUCGAAAAAAAAUAUUUUUUAUAAAAUUUAUAUAUAAAUUUUUUUUAAAAAAAACAAAAUUAACCCCCUCCGUGAGUGAACAAAAUUUUUUUGUUCACUCACGGAGGGGGGGGGAGAGUAAAUAAUUUCAUAGUAAGAAAAGCCCUUCUAUCAAGAUCAGCUGUUUUCUCUAAAGAAAUUUAUUAUGAAUAUACCUAUUUCCUUUCCCCAAAACUAUAUGGUUUCUCGAACUCGAAAAGUAUUGAAAAUUGAACUAUAAAUUUAUUAAAAGACAAAAAUAAUGAAAUUAAGGAUGGAAAAUAUUUUGAUUUAAUUUCUUCAGAAUUAAAGCAAAAAUUGUAUGAAAAAAAUAACUCGACUAUUGAAAUUUUAAGCGAAGGGACUCAAGCGGCGAUUGGUGUUAUAAUUGCAGAUAUUGAAAAUUAUGAAAAUUUAGGAGCUUUAGACAAUAACAAUAUUUUUGACUUUUCGAAAAAAGUUAAAGCAAUCCAGGAUCAAAUUUGAGAGGAGUUUCAUUUGGCUGAUAGAGACUCAAAAUAUAUUAUAAACAGUCAGCUUGCUACGAUUAUAAAUACAACAAUCAUUUAUUCUAUUGCUGUAUGUGCCUUGUUUUUCUUUUAUUAUUUUCCAUAUUUAAAUCUCCAAAUCAAGCAAUUACAGCUGUUUUCAGUUCUGCCAAGAAUUUUAACCUUACUCUCUCCCUUAAAUUGGAAUAAAAUAUUGGUAAAGUUUCGAUAAUUUAAGCUACUUUAUGUGGGAACGAAAUUGUUUUCAAUAGGAAAUUUUUAUAGAUGAAAAUAUUAAUUUUAUAAAAUUAGUUUCACCUAAUUUAAUAGAUAAAAUGUAAGUAGAUACUAUUUAACAGUUUUCACGCUGAAUAAUUAUUUUUUUUUAAUUAUUUCUUUUAUAGAAAUAAAUUGAAAUCCAAACUAUUCUGCUCAAUUUCUAUGUUUAUAGAGAAAAAAAUUAAAUAUUUUUUUUUUUUAAAAAACAAUUAUCUCCGUUAAAUUAUAAUAGGGAUUUUUUGUUUCAAUUAAAAAGGGAAGAGUUAGAGAUUGAUUAA